AAUGUGCUUAUUUGGUGUAUAAACUGUUUCAAAAUCCAAACGUUUACCUCUUCGAACUAUCACCAACAAUAAACUGUUGCUCAUCGACUUGGUUUUGAUCAGUUAUGUGAUUUACUAUUGGAUUUGGAAGGACAUGAUACCGCUACACCGCGAUGAUGACUCGUAUAGUUAGAAGCUACAAGCCGAAGAACUCUCGAAUUGUAUCAAAGAGGAACUGAACAAAGCCCUGGGGACAAUGGGGAGUGAUACUUUCAUGAGAAAAUAAUUGGUGAGUGAACUGAAAACAACUUUGAUUAAUGAGAUUACAUCUUUAAUUACUGAGAAAAUUACAGAUGGUCUAUAGACUAUACGUGAGUACAUUGAUUUUGAAAAGGAGGCAAGAGACACUCGCGUCAAUGCCUUCGUUGUCAGACCAAGAUGAGUCUGAACAGUACUCGCGCAGAAAUUGUCUGAUUUUCAACGGAUUAUGAGGAGAACGAAAAAAACUGGUGAAACCAUCAUGAAACUCUGUGCAGAUAAGCUUAGAAUCAAGAGGAAUGGAUAGAAGCCAUCGUAUAUACAAUGUACGAGACAAAGUCUACGAAAAUAGGAGAAAAUCGUGAAAUCUACAUCAGCAAGGAUGAGGCAAUAUGUCUCACAAGGAAACGAACUCAUCUGUUCUGGAAGGUAUGAGUAUAUUAGAAGGUAAAGAUGAUAUAUUUGAAGAGCUUCGAGCAAAGUUCCUCCCAACCUUCAAAGCAAGCUGUUGUUUCUGGAGUGUAGCUCAGGUAUUCAACUUUUAUUUCCUUCCAACUUCACUCCGCAUUGUCUACAUAGCCUCAGUCAGUUUCCUGUGGACCAAUUUCUUAGCAAUUAUGAAGAGAAAAGACAUAUGAUAAUGCUGGAAAUCGCAGUUGCUGAUGUCUUCAGGCAAUAUGUAACUAGCAUGAAUAGCUCUACGAUGCAUGAUUCCAUUGGUGUAUGAACAUGGAUUCCUGAACAGGCAGGGAGAGAGAGAGCAGGCAUCCAUCACAGGAGAGGGAGAGAUCACGAUGGAGUAUUCUUUCCACUCCGUUUUAUCGCUGCUUGAUCAUGUUGAUUGACCAGUGUUAUAUUCAGCUCAUCAGAUGACGACAUGCCGUUGUCCUAUCUUAAUUUUUCCGUAUUUAUUCAAUUUUGUAAACUUUGCAAGAUGCUGCCGAAAUGGCCAAGUUUGGACCCGUUUUAGAUCGUUCUGAAGUGUAUCUUGUUGAACAACUCACAGACUCCAGGCCCGGUUUAAAGAGAUGCUCACUGACAAAUGAAGGGCAUUUUGUUUAGUCUCCCGAAAAAGUUGACAAUAAAUAAAAAAAUUAAAAAAACACGAAUAAAUGUCAACGAAAACUGGUAUUUUGACACCUCAAAAAAAAAAAUUACGGGUGCGCCUUUUCAAACUAUACGAGGGGGCGCCCGAACCCCCACCCCCUUCCGAAACCGUGCCUGGACUCGUGGAGUACGAACGUAGAGAGAAUCCUACGUAUACCUCCACGAUUAGAGAGAGAGGUCAGCCUUUUAUGUCAGUCAUACACAGCAAAAACUGUGGUGUUAUCCGGUGUACAUAGAGGGCCACACCAGUUAUUUUACAUCGGUGUUAAAU